GCUACCAUUUUGGACUUGCAUAAUUUGUAGUUAAGAAAACUAUGAUCAUCUUAAUUAUUUGAGUGCUGCAUUUUCAAUUUUAGCAGCUGAGUUGGAAUGGUUACUUUUCUUGAUUACAUACAUUGAAUUCUUGAUCCUUGCUUAAUUUGGGGAAGGAGUAUCUCCUGUGUACUGUUCUUUUGUUUUCUACUUUGUGAGGCUUUAUUCAAUCAGGUGUUUUAAUGCACCAGGAGUACAGUUUGCUUGAUUACGAAGAGAAAGUGGUUGAUGGUUUCUAUGAUGUGUAUGGGCCUUCCUCAAAUUCAGCACUCCAAGGAAAAAUGCCAUCUCUUGCAGAUGUUGAGACAAAUCUUGGGAAUUAUGGCUUUGAAGUUGUGAUUGUCAAUCGAACAAUUGACCCUGUCUUAGAAGAGUUGGUGCCAAUUGCGCAUUGUAUUGCAUUAGAUUGCCCUGCUAGUAAUGUUAGUGUUUUAGUCCAAAAGCUUGCCGAAUUUGUUACACGCCACAUGGGUGGACCUGUUAAGGAUGCUAAUAUAAUGUCGGCAAGGUGGAUGGAAAGGAGGACAGAAUUGAGAACAUCUCUUCAUACAAGUUUGUUGCGUAUUGGGUCCAUUAAUUUAGGAUUGUGUCGGCAUCAUGCUUUACUUUUCAAGGUAGCAGAAAAGUUGAUGAUUAUGCAUGAAGAAUGUUUGGAAGGUAAUUAUCAGUCUAUUGAAAAAAUGAGGGCCGCCAAUCGUCCACCAGUUACUCACGUCAGACAGUUUAAUGAUGAGGAUGAGGAUGAGUAUGAUGAUGAUGAUAGUAACGGCAUGGGUGAGGACAAUACAACAAACAUGAUGGUAGAUUUGCCGAAGUCCCGGUCAAUUUCAAAUGCAGUUGAUACGUCAACUGAUGAACCAAAAACAAAAGCAGAAUGUUGAAGCUGCAGAUGAUGGUUGGGUGGUAGUUUCUUCUAAACGAAAUAAGGGAAGAAAAAAUUAGGUUGUCUCUUUAAUUACCAUAUACAUUUUGCUCUUGUUUUUCUGAAACGACAUUUGUAUUUCGUUUGAUAUCUAUUUAUUAAUAUAUUUGUUCCUCUCUUUUGCUAAAUACCCUUUCUAUUCAUCAGUGUUUCCAAGUACUGCUUUGUUAAUUUCGUCUUUCUCUGUUCUUUACUAGUUUCCAGUGCCGCUGUUUUGAUUCCAAAUGCAAUUGGAUGUAGAAUAUUUUCAAAUAAAUUUCCAAAACCUAA